AUGCGCAAACAGGCAACCAAGUCGACGCGCAAGGAGGUCUUGCGGCGGAUCGCGCAGAUGGAACAGGACCUGAAGGACAGACACGAGCGAGAGUUGCGGGAGCUGGCUGGAGAGGCCCCGGAGGCAGAGGAGAUUACGCCCGAGCAGCUGCUGGCACAGAUGAGUUUGGGCUCAGAAAAGGCUGCUGAACCUGCUGAAAAAGAGCCUGUAGCGAAGACAGAGCCAAAGAAAAAGCGCAAUAGACAAAAAGAGCGGCUAGCCAAGAGAGAGGCCGAAUUCAAAAAAUUACAGCAAGAGGCCGAAAACGAAGCCAGUGUACAGCCGAACCUGAAAGAGCUGGAGCUCAAGAACAUUGCCGACCUGUGCACCGCGGCCAGACUGGUGCAGCACAACAUCACGCCCGACGGACACUGUCUAUUUGCGUCGAUCGCAGACCAGCUACAGCAGCGACACAGUAUCACCAUGACGGUCCAGGAGUUGCGCACACGUGCGGCCAACCAGAUACGAAGCGACCCGGACACGUUUGCGCCGUUCCUGUUUGACGAGGACAAGAUGGAGGUGCGCAACGUGGAGGAGUAUACCGACAAGCUGGAAAACACCAUUAUGUGGGGGGGCGAUCUCGAGAUCCUGGCUCUUGCGAGAGAGUUCGACUGUCCGAUCAGCGUGAUGAUGAGCGGACGGGCGCCGCUGCGCGUUAACGAGAACGGCCAGCAGCCAGAGCUCAAGCUCGUGUACUACCAGCACGUCUUUGGGCUCGGAGAGCACUACAACUCGCUAAGAGACAUGGUCUAG